AUGGUUUGUAAACAGUAUGCUGGUUUUCGUCGUGUUUGUAUCACUGAUCCAGCACCCGAACGAAAAUUUUCUCGUCGUGGUUGGGUUACAUUUGAUCAUUCAGUUCAAAUUCGUAAUAUUUGUUAUGAAUUAAAUUCAACAAAGUUACAUGAGGUUGAUAUGGGUGCUAUUAUUAAUCGUGAACUUAAAAAUCGUAUUCGUACAAUAAAUGGUAUUGGACAACAUAAAACUAUUGUACGUAAUGAUCUUCGACUCAUAACAAAAAUUAUUAAACAAUUAGAUGAACGAUGGAAUAUUUGGGAACCAAUUGAUAAUGAUAACGAACAAAAAAAGACAACAAUAACAAAUGUUCCAUCAACAACAGAUGAUUCAGAAAUAUCAUCUUCAACAAUGAAUGUAUCACCAACGAAAAAUAAAAAUCCGAUUGGUUUUAUUAGUUAUAAUCCAUUAUUAAAGAAUAUCACUGAAUAUCUUGUUGAAGAAGCUGAUGCGGAAGAAGAAGAAUUACUGGGCGAUACAUCAACAAAUAAUGAAAAUGAAUCAAAUACAUUUGAAAUUGAUAAAGAAUUAACUAAAGUACUCGAUCGUUUAAUAUUAUAUUUACGUGUUGUUCAUUCAGUUGAUUAUUAUAAUGGUACUGAAUAUGCCCAAGAAGAUUCAAUGCCAAAUCGUUGUGGUGUUAUCCAUGUUCGUGGUGCUCCAUUGACUUCAAUAACACAAACUGAAUUAACAAAUUUUAUGCAACAAUUUGAAACACGUUUAAAACCAUUUAUUGAUUGUCAUGAAAAAUUAGAUGAUGAUGAAGCCAUGAAAUUAGGUGUUAAAAAUGAACAAGAUGAAGUAGAAAAAUUUAUUGUUUCGAAUUGUCAAGAAGUUGGAAAAGAUAAAUGGUCAUGUCCAUUAAGUGGAAAAAAAUUUAAAGGUCCAGAAUUUGUUCGUAAACAUAUUUUAAAUAAACAUCAAGAUAAAAUUGAUGAAGCGAAAAAAGAAGUCACUUAUUUUAAUAAUUAUUUGUAUGAUCCAAAACGACCACAACUACCAGAACAUCCAUCAAAUCGACCUGGAGCACCGCCAACUGGUGGUGGUGGUGGUGGUGUUGGUCCUCAUCCAUCAGGUUUACCAUUACCAACACCGAUGGCAGCUCAACCAUUACUCUCUCGACCACCUUUAUGGCCUUCUAUGGCUGCACCUCAUCAUCCUGGUCCACCAGGUUAUUAUCCUAAUCAAUUUCAUCAGCCUCGUCACCCAAGACCACCAUUUAUGUAUCAAGGCGGAGGUGGUCCUCCUGGUGGUUCAUUUCAUCGAGGACCAAAUAAUCGUCAAUUAAGAAGUUAUGAAGAUCUUGAUGCGCCGAAUGAAAUGUAA